AUGGGAGCAGAGGAGACGCUGCGUCGCCGCGGAGACUGCUGGACAAAAUGGACGAGAAAGAAAAAAAAACAAAAAGAGAACCAAAGAGACGGCAGCACAGACUACAGCCGCUCCAGUCACCUUCACACCCUCCUAAACACCCAGCACUGCCUCUUCACCUGUGGCCCCCGGGGACCGUUCAGACGGGCGGCAGCAGAACUGCAGCAUCCGCCACGGUCGAGCGUGGCUGCAAAGCCUGCUGGGAAAUGUUUCUUUGCACAAAGUGAAAACAUCUGCGACGCCAACGCUGCUAAUCUCUUUGCUAAUGGACUCCCUAAUGUGAUGAGAGUGAGAGGUGGGACGUGUGUGUGUGUGUGUGUGUGUGUUACUGGUGCAGCUAUACUUAUGGGGCCUUCAAAAAAAACACUGUUACUGGGCAGGGAAUCCGAUGACGCUGCCCUGGCAGCCGCAGCGCUGCUCGACGAGCUCUCUGGCCACGUGGGGUUUGUCGAAGUACACGCCGCUGUUCUCACUCAGGGCCUCGCACCUGUAGCCAGAGUUGCGGGCGUUGCAGUAAAGGUGACUCCUGCCCUCGUGGUCGAUGAUCUCCGCCAUCUCACACUCGCACGACUUCUUCCCAAGCAUCUUACCCAUGUGCCACGUCUGUCCAAAGUCCUCGCUGUAAAUGGACAGCGCUCUUGGCAGGACAGUGAAGGGAAUGGGGUGUGUCCGUCGUCGCUGCUGCUCACACAGCAGAGGCGUGUCCUGUUCUUACCUGUAAUGCACUGCUUCCUCUCCGUGGUGUUUCCCCGGACGCAGAUGAAGAACAGGAACAACGUCCGGCUGUUCUUCUCGAACACGGGGCAGGGGCUCAUGGUCAAUUGUACACCAGGGGACACAAUGGCAGCUGGGCACUGUAGGUUGGAUGAUGGACAGCAGAGCAGCGCCACCAACUGUUUCCCUGCCAGGACUUUAUUGGGCCGUAGGAAGGACGGUGGACACUGGCUGGUGUCCUAUAGAAAGGCAGAGGAGCAGAGACACAUUCGUCUCCUCAGGAGGACAAAGCGGAGUGGGCGGGGCAAACAGGCUGAUGCUGCUCCUCACAGUAGAACCUUAGACCGAGCUCUGCUGCUGCGGUUGCACUGCGUGGAUGAACCGUCAGAGCUGAGCUCCGUCAACGUCAGCGAACAGCAGCUGAAUUCUGUCAAACCCGAGGAGCUGCAGGCGUUUGAUAACGUGGUCUGCCUGGACGCCUCCGUGAACUUCCUGUCUUUAGGUUCCCUCAACAGUUUCGUGUCGUUGAGAGACGUGAACCUGUCUGUGAACAGGAUCCGCACCAUGACAUUCGAUCCCACCGACUUCCCUCGUCUACAGGUUCUGGAUUUGUCCUACAACAGUUUGACCACCGAUGACAUCACCUCCGUCAGUCGGCUGCCUCGUCUGAAAGUCCUCCACCUGACAGGAAACCGACUCCGUCGACUUCCUCCUGACCUGACCUGCAGUGGUGACGCCACACAGCUGUCUGUUAAAGGAGGAUUCCCACCAUUCGGAUGUCUUGAAGUUCUGAUGCUGGACGAUAACAAACUGUCGUCAGGCGUCUUCCACCGUCUCAGGAACCUCAGGAGACUGAAACAUUUAAACCUACGGAGGAACCACAUUCAUGAAGUUCCAUAUUUACGACCACCUGAGAUUCCAAAUCUGACUGAAGUCCGAGCAGAGGAGGAGAAAACUGCUCUCUGUGAGUCUGCUGAUGUCGGCGAUGAUCAUUUUAUAAAACGUGUCUUUGGUUGGUCACGUUGGAUUAAACAUCAAGAAACGCUGAGAGACGACGACACGGAGUCAAGUUUUCCUCUUCCAGAACUCCAGUUUCUGGAUUUAUCUGAAAACAGAAUUGCAGAAGAAGAAGCUCUGCUGGCCGCGGCCCUUUUUCCCAGACUUUGUGAACUCGAUAUUCACUCCAACCCUCUGACCACACGGAGGAGCGGUGAGCUAACGUCUCAGUUUCCCAGGCUGAAGUUUAGAAAUUCUCGAGCCACUGCCAAGCGAUUCUUUCAGAUAUUACAUAAUUAUGCUAAUCACAGGCCGAUAAUAUCGGUCGACCGAUAUUAUCGGACAUUCUUUAUAUUUACUUUUUUUAAUUCACAGCUGAGAGAGAAAAUCCCACAGGUGUCAAAAAGGUCGAUGUUGGAGGAGAAACCUGGGAAAAAACGGGGGGAAAUUCCAGAGGACGAGAGGAGAAAAGAGGAGACAGAAAACGUCUUCGUCACUCAGGUCCACACCGCUCACGUCCGGUCAUUACAAAGACACACAGAUUCACAGGCUGACCAUGAAAUAACGAAGGUUCAUGUUCAGGCAGAAAACUUCUCAGAGGACGAGCUUGAACUUCAGGCUGAUGAAGACGGAACGGCACAGAACCAGGAGCAGAACCAGUACCAACAGCUGAUGGAGACAGAACCAGAGUCUGACGACGGGCCCACCAUCGGAAUUCAAACAGCUGUUCGGAUGCUGGAACACACGCUGAAGAAUCUUAAUGUUUACAGAGAGUCCAAACCUCGGAGUGACGGCGUCCAGAUGCCGUACAGAGAGAAAGUGAAGAGGGUUUGUUUCUCUUUCCUCCUCACUGCUGUAAUUACUGUCAAAUAUGACAAAUAUCAACAGCUUCCUCCCCUGAAGCCCAGGAAGAGGCCGAGAGACCGGGUGGACGAGCUGCUCCACCAGAUCAGAGGGCGUUCGUCAGUGAGAGCCGCUCCCUGCAACGGCAGUGAGGAUCCAGAAGAACAGAAGGAGGUUCUGUUGCUGCUGAAGGACAUGAGGACGAAGUACCGGACGAUCCACAGGAACGGCCUGGAGCGGGCUGCAGAUGCUGAGUCAGCAGCUCCGGCCUCGUCAGUGUAGACGCCGUGUUUGUGCGAGGAGACCGUGAGACCGCGUCGAUGUCAGCGUCCACCUGCUGCCGCUGGAAGGAAAAAGGACUCCUUUGUGAGUGUGUGACGACCCGGGGGUGAUGUGUGUGAGCAGCUGCGUCGACAUGUGAACGCCUGACACGGUUCAGCUGCAGGAGUCCACGAUUUCCCAUGAGCCCCUGCAGUUAGCUCCGGUCGAUGAAUGAGUUGAGAAACUCAUCUUUCACUCUGACCUCAGCUUUCCCGCCACUGUGGAAACUGAACUGCAGGGGGCGCUGCAGACGAUCACUGUUGUUGUUUAUUGUGCGAGUGCUAACGGUCAUUUAUAUAGAGAGAAGAAGAAGAAGUAGAGGACCAACAGCUGAGGUUUAAGGUCAAUGAAGUGAACGUAAAAUUAAGUCAAACUGAGUCGUUUGGAGAAUUUUAAUAAAAAUUUAAAAUAAAAGAGUAAAAAGUAUUUUUUCUUUUUUUCUUGCUGCUCCAAAGC